AAUAAUAUCAUCGUCAUCACUCGUGAUCGAGCUGGAGACGACGACGCAGCACAUGUAAUCCCUCUUCCCCGUUUCUUUUCUUUUCUCCCAUCUAUCGCUCGCCUCCACCGCUUUUGAUCCGCGUCCCUUGUUUUUCUCUCAUCCCGGUUGCUCUGUUAUUGGGAGUCGUCUCUGCCUCGAUCGGCUUUGGGAGGAGGAUCGUCAGCGGUUCCGUCGGCUUUAGAUCCGGUAACUUUAUACGCUCCUCACUUUUGGGAUCCGUGAAUCUUCGUGAAAAGAUUCUGAUUUGAUUACACGCUGAGGUGUACCUUACUCGUGAGCUUGAACUAAGACAAUAUAAAAUGUGGAAAAGGUAUGGAGGGUACUAACGAUAGGGAGAUAUCAUGUUGCAGUGUCUAGAAUGGUUCAAGCAUUUCAUUGCUGUCCUGGGGAAGUGCUGUGAUCUUGAGUUGUACCAGCAAAAAGAACUCAAGGAUCCAGAACGGUUAGCUCGGGAAACAGUGUUUAGUGUAAGUGAAAUAGAAGCAUUAUAUGAGCUAUUCAAAAAGAUUAGUAGUGCUGUGAUUGAUGACGGGCUGAUCAAUAAGGAAGAAUUUCAGUUGGCACUAUUCAAGACUAGAAAGAAGGAGAGCUUAUUCGCUGAUCGGGUGUUUGACUUAUUUGACACAAAGCACAACGGAAUUCUAGGAUUUGAAGAGUUUGCACGUGCACUGUCUGUCUUCCAUCCGAAUGCUCCUAUUGAUGACAAAAUCGAUUUCUCUUUCAAGUUAUAUGACCUUAAGCAACAAGGCUUCAUUGAAAGACAAGAGGUUAAGCAAAUGGUAGUGGCAACACUUGCUGAGUCCGGAAUGAAUCUUUCAGAUGAUGUGAUAGAAAGUAUCAUUGAUAAGACUUUCGAGGAGGCUGACACAAAACAUGAUGGAAGAAUUGAUAAAGAAGAAUGGCGUAGUCUUGUCUUGCGGCAUCCCUCUCUUUUAAAGAAUAUGACUCUCCAAUACCUCAGGGACAUCACCACGACAUUCCCAAGCUUUGUUUUCCACUCUCAAGUUGAUGAUACGUAGGGCUAGGCUACGUGGGUGGGAACAAACAUGUCUCCUUGUGGGCUUGUACAUCUCUGCCGAGUAUCUUUCUAAUUUUUUCCUGUGUAAAUUACUAAGAAGAAUGUUAAUAAGUUGGAGUAUUGGUUGCUUUGAGGAAAUUUGGUGUGGUGAUAUUUGUUUAGCGACUGUAUUUCUGCUGAGGUUGAGGUUUUGGUUCCUUUGAUGAUUUAUUGAGACUCAGGAUUUAAAUGGCUGCUUACAUUAUUAGGGUUG